AUGUAUGCCUCGAUAUGGCAGUUACAGGAUAUAUUCGUUGACGACAAUUGCCCUCAAUCGGUAGCUACUGGUCGAUUCAAAUCAAUUGCUUUCAUGCGAGUUGGAUGUCACCAUUGCAUAUCCAAGUCCGAAAUAAUAAAUAACGUUAUUUCAGAAGGAGCCACAGCUUAUUUCCACAAAGGGUGUUUAUUAGGACAGAAACGAAGACAAAUAGCAGAGGGAAUAGUUGAAAUGUUUUGGUGUAAACCCAAAAUCAGCAAAACAUUAGUCAAGGGUAUUAGAUCAGAAAUGGAAAAAACAGUCAUUUUGUAUAAUCUUAGAGGAGACGCCUCUAACUUUGAAAAAGAAGUAAAAUUACUGCUUGAUAUUUCAAACAUAACUGUUUUCAUCGUUAAUGAUAUAAAACGGACGGACGAUAACAAAAAUUUGAAGUCUCUCUUUGGCAUGAUAGCAGCAAAGAGGAAAAAAUGUUUUAUAUUUGUUUACACUAAAAAUAUGAAAAUUGAUACAAUUAAGAAAACUUUUCAAGAAAUUGACCGUAAUAUCAAAGCACCUUUGUGUGAAAUCAUCAGACUUUCAAGAGAUUUUGACGUUUCCGCUGUUGAAGUUGCUGCAAAAUAUGUAAAGCCGCGCCUUGAACAUGCUCUAUCCUCAGUACAAGAUGGAGUGGAUCUUCAUCAAAGUAUGACAAAUAACAAUUCUAUAUCAAAAGAUCACUUCAACAAUGAUGUAGUCAGUUCUUUGAAAAUCAACAGCAAAAUGUCAAUCGUUCCCUUGCAAGGCGUUGACCUGUGGCAUAAAUUAAGUCAUUUACAACAAGAAUAUUUACAAUCACAAGGGAAGUCUUUGUAUGAAAAGGAAGCAUUACUCAAAGUUAUGCGAGAAAUAAGAAAUCGACAGAUUGAGACUUGUAACAAAGAAAUGGUGUUCAUGGCUCAGUUUUUACACCAAUUAUUAGAAAAUGAUGACAAUGAAACGUUCAUUCAAUACUUUUUAAACUCAACUCGAUUUAUCCUUUUGAAUGAGAAGUCAAGGAACGACUUAUCUAGAGGCAAGCUAAUUGGACUGAACAACAAAAUGUUAAAACCUCUGCUAAGUUUGGAACAUUUAUUAAGAGAAAUUGGCCAAAUUUAUGAAGCUUUCUCUGAAAAGAAAAAUGUUAAGCAGAAGACAAAGUUCAUUAUUAACAAAUUACCAUGUUUGGCUGCAAAACUUCUGCUGCUAGGACAUCCGUUAGAGAUAAUGGACGGAGACGCAGAAAACGUUCCCUUAGUCUGGUUAAAGAGAGUUUUUGAGGAGUCUCAGAUUUUAAUUGAAAAGAAAAAGAUAGUUUCCAUCGCAGUCAUUGGGGUGCAAGGUUCUGGUAAAUCAACUUUAUUGAACACAAUGUUUGGGUUGCAGUUUGCGGUAGGAGCAGGACGGUGUACCAAGGGUAUUUAUGCCCAGAUAGUGCCUGUGUCAGGGGGAAAAUUUGGUUUUGAUUACAUGUUUGUAUUAGACACUGAAGGGCUUCGAUCCACAUUUAUUUCAGACGACAGUCUUUACAAACAUGAUAAUAAACUUGCUCUAUUAUCAAUGGGUUUGGCUGAUAUAACGCUAGUAAAUGUAAAAGGAGAAUCAACGAAAGAGCUGAAAGACAUCCUAGAAAUGGUAAUGUUUGGUUUGCUAAAACUAAGAAAAGAAGAGGCGUUUUUGUCAAAAGAUCAUACUGCAAUAUUUGUACAUCAGAAUGUUUCACCUCAAUCAAGGGAAACAAUAAAAGAUGAAUCGCAAUUUUUUGUCAAAACCCUUGAUGAAGCAACAGUGACUGCUGCAAACUUUAUCAAAAUUCCAGACACUGAAAAUUUUUCACAGGUUAUCAAUUUUAAACCGGACAGGGAUAUUCAUUGCAUUCCAGACUUAUGGUCUAGCAGAUUGACGGUCAAUGCUGAAUAUAGCAAAAGUGUUGUCGAAGUUGCUGACACAAUUUUGCACUGUGCAUCGAAUUUUAAACAUGCAUUAAUGUCGGAUAUUUUUCAACACAUGCGAUCCUUAUGGAAUUGCAUUUCAUCUGAAACAUCAGAAUGGAAUUUUCGCAGUUUCCGACAAAAUGUAGCUGAUGAAGAAAUGGAAUGUCAGCUGGAUAAGCAGUUGGUUAACUUAGAUGUCUAUAAGGAAGAGAAGUUGAAGGAAUUGAAGCAAAGAAUUUUAGAAAAUAAUGAAGAACUUUCAUUGAAAGAGCAUUUUCAAGAGUCUUUGGAAAAGAAGAGAAUAAAGGAGGAAGAAGAACUUUUAAAGUUUAUCAAGGAUAAUCGCAAUUCAGAUUUUAUACCUAAGGACAAAGCUGUAAAAACUAUUAUUAGGAAAGUAAUCGAAAUAGAAAAAUGUAUAGAAAGAGAAAUUCACAUCUACGAAGAAGUAAUAACAAAUUUCUUAAGAAAAUUCAGGGAAGAUACCUUUGACAAAAAAAUGCGUGAAUUCUCUGAACAACUGACAAAAGACAAUAUCCAAAUAGAAAACUGGAACUCCGACAUUUUAAGUCAAUUCCAAAAAUUCUGGGAAGAAUCAACGAAAGCCUUUUUUGAGGACAAUGACGAAGAGAAUAAAAUGAAUAUUUAUAUUGAAGGAAGAUUACUUGAUAUCGCAUCUGAAAAGUUCCCAAAAUAUAGAGAUUUCUUUCAAAAAAGAGUAUGCAUACCUCCAUCAGAAAUGUUACAGCAUUUUACAGAAGAAGGCGACACAUGUGCCGUAUCAAGUGAAAUAAAUUGCAUGUUGAAUGAUUUUAAGCAAAACCUUGAAGAUCAUCAACAGAGCAAUACAAAUUACGAGGAAAGAAUUUUAAUUCAAUCACUGGAUAAGAUUUCUACAGAAUUUCAGAAUCGUCAAGUUUCUGAUAACUUUCAAAAAGACAUUCUUUUGUUUUGUUUACAACAUUGCUAUCAAGUCUUUUGUAGAAUGAAUGCAACUUUUCUUUACAGUAUUAAAAAGGACGAGCACGACAAGCUAUUUCGAACAUAUUCCAAAACAUUUAAAGAGUGGUUCCAUACUUACCUGAGACAGCAGCAAAAACUCAAAAGGCAAAGGACAGCAAAAACAAUAGAAUUAAAAGACAAAUCUGAAAGGGAAAAGGAAAUGCAAAUAAAUGAAAACGAAGAAAUGGACAACAAAAGACGAAAAGUAGAAAAUGAAGUGGAAAAAGCUACGGAUAGGGGUGAGAGAAUAGCCGCAUUUUUAAGAGUUUCAAUAGAACGCAAUGAAGAGGAAAAGUUAAAAGAAAAAAUUGCAGAGGGUUUCAACAAAAUUCUAUGCACGCAGGAAAAUCGUAAAUUUACCUUGAUUCGGCUUAUCUUGAAGGACUUGGCAAAAAGAGGAGAUACCCAAAAAUACAAAAAUUACAUAGUUGAUCCAAGACAGUAUGCGUUUGUGUGGAGCUCAAAUCAAGUAAUAGCAUUUUACAAUACUUCUACUGCUUCAGAAACCUCAAGUUUUUCUUCAGAAAUAAAUGAAAACUUAAAAAUAUUCCAUGAGUACCAAAAUUGGAUGAAAUCAUUAGAAGAAACAAUGGAAAAACAUGGAUUAUGGACAUCCGAUAUUGCAAAACUUAAAAACGAGAGCUACGUACCUGCUUCUCACAUGAUCACAUUAAAAAAUACUUUUGUUGAGGAGCUUAACAAAUCCUCUUCCUCUCAUGACGAAAGACAUAACAUCUUUGAAACAGAGAUGGAAUCUUAUUUUAACAAUAUUUGGGGAUGUUCCCACGCCUGCUUAUGGUGUGGGGAACCUUGUAAAUUUGCAUUGGAUGUCCACUCUUCCCAUCAAUGCAUCCAACAUCGCCCUUCUGGAAUAUGUGGAAUGAUAGACAAACAAACAUCGAAAAUGUCAAUUGAAACCUGUAAUUUUUUGGUUGAGAGUUCCUCCCAGAGAGUUUUUUGUGGAGAAUGGUGUAAAUGUAGCAUUAAAGACAAAGAAAUAUCUCAUCCAUGCUUACAAUACAUGGAAUAUAUGAAAGAUCCAUGGUUCAUUGCGUCUAUGUCUAACCACUCCAGGUCGGUUUAUUGGAGGUGGGUGAUGAGCACCUUUGGCAAUGAAUUGGCCAAGGCUUUCGGGGCAGAGAAUCCAGAUAUCCCAAGUUCCUGGAGAGAAAUUUCUAAAGCUGACGCGGAAAAAAGCCUCGAUGACUGA